CCACCUCUUCUUACUACUCCCGCGUACAUUAGCAAAUAACCGUUAAACUGAAACACCAGACCCGAGUUGGCCACCGCCAAUACCCGGUCAUUUAUAGUCCAAGAUGACUGCUGACCUACAAAUGUUCAACCCCAAAUUAACUUUUACAACUGGCGGUAGCCGGUAUUGCCAGUUUCUUAUCCUGCGCUCUCCAUUCCUUGUCCAUAUAAACACCCCUUCGCUGGCUCAGCUGCGUUCAUAACUUCCGUUUCCGCCUCUGCUUCUUUUUUACUUGCUUUGCUUUGGGUUUUCCUUUUGUUUACACUCGUACCAUUCAGGUUAUGGUCCUUGCUGCUCACCGGAAACCUGAGAGCCGCCGCUCCUUCACAGCUCUCGGUUUCCCUCGCCUCCGAUUCUUCCGCUACCGCCGUUUGAGGUAAUCGGUGAUCGCUCAAACGCCACACGAAGAAGCACAGGGGAAUUUUAUUUUUCAGAAAUAUUUUUGCGAUAUACUUUAUUGAUGUACUAUGCCGACGACAACGAAGACUAACCGGAAAGGACAGGACUCGGAGAAGAAGCGGAGGAACAGGCUAACAGGGAAGGCGUCAUCUUUCCACGGGAGGGUACCGUUGGAUGUGCCGGAGGCGAGGAUUCGGCGUCCAAAUACGCUACCUGACUUGCUCGGAGGCAGGAGGAUGGCUGAAGUGAGCAUGGAGGCGAAGACGAAGUUGACGAAGCUGCUAUUAAACGUGACGAUUCAAGGAAGUGUUGGUGCCGUACAAGUUCUGAUGUCGCCGGAAUCCACCAUCGGCGAUCUGGUCGCUGCUGCUAUCCGGCAAUACUCGAAGGAAGGCCGCCGCCCAAUUUUUUCAUCCGAUCCUUCCAAAUUCGACCUCCAUUACUCGCAAUUCAGCUUAGAAAGUUUGGACAGGGAAGAGAAGCUAAUGGAGUCGGGAUCUAGGAACUUCUUCCUCUGCUCAAAAAAGUCGGUGGUAGACAGUGGAAAUGAAAGCGGAAGUUCUUCCAGUGGCGGCGGUGUAACGAAAACGGCGUCGUCGUCGUCAUCUUGCUCAAAAGAAGCAGAAGAAGCUGCUAAAAGUGGUUUUCCUUGGUUGAAAUUCAAGGAUUUUUCGCUGUAAUAGCAGCAAGGUGGUUAUUAUUAUUAUUAUUUACUUUCAUUUUUCCCACUUUAUUUUUUGCAAAUUACCGAUGUAAAAAGUAGUUUUGGAUUAGGUAAAUCCCGCAUAAGAAUUAGAAUGCAAUUAAAACUAUAUUGCAUUUUAGGUCAUUUAAAUUCAGUGGAGCAGACUGCUUGCUUGUUUGUGUC